UCGAAUUCGCGCCCUCGCUAGCAUCUCCGGCGGCCGAUGAUGCACGCUCACCACCAAUGUCGCCAGCCGCCGACCGUGUGCAAUCACCUGCCGGUGGUGCUGUACGCUCGCCCACGGGAGAACGUAGAUCGUCCAACCCAUUCGGCCCUCGACGAUCCCUGGCCCUGCCCAGAACCAGUCUUGCAGCACCCGCCAGAGACCCCGGAGCCAUGAACCCAUAUGCACCGCCAUCGCUGGAAUACGACUUGCGCCAGAGAAAGCGUAGCAUCUUCAUCUUCUGGUUUCUUAUCUUGUUCGAUUCCAUUGUCAUGCCCUUGGCUCUCUACUUCGGUCUCUGGUACGGCACCGAUCUCUCGCCGAAUACCGUCUUCUCCAUCGUCACGGCCGCUCUGGGUGGUAUCAGCAUCUUCGAAUACGCACUACGUUUCUGGCAUCUGUGGAAGAAAGGCAGCAAGUGCCGUGUAAUUGGUGGUCGCAGAUCAUACCUCGACUGGUUCCACUGGAACUUCAGUUUCGCUUGGGUUAUCAUCAUCGUUGAACUCAUCGUUGGUACGAUUCCCGAGAAUCCGCCUAUCCGCUUGUUGGCAAUGCCUGUUGCUUCUCUCAUGUUUGCCUUUGGUUCGGAAUUGAUCAUUCAAGACGGCAUGCGCCUCCUCAAAAUUCCAUCUCCCUUCCGCAUCUCUUCAAUGCCCGCCGGCUCUCAGAUCCGCCCUGGAAUCUACUGGAUCAUCGAAGACGUCAUUGCAGUCGAUGGCGCCGGUAACAUCGAAUUCCGCGAGAGACUCAACACGAGAUACGAAGCCUCUCACUACUUCAGACAGAUGCUUCACCGUCUGACAUUGUUCUGGGGUAUCGGUGCCGAAGUGGCAGCUGCCGUGGUCACUGCCCUAAUCUUCACUCUCCAGAAAGAUGCUGCCUAUGUGGUCGGCUGGACCGUCCCUUUCAUCUGGGCUGGUAUCUGGACACUGGCCACUUUCUGGUAUGCUAAGCGCUGCCUCAAGCACGAGGCCGAGAUGUGGGCCAUUGAGCACGGAAAGCCCGAGGUC